AGCUUCUACUGCCAUUUUAUCGAUCAUAUCGAUGUAUUUUCAUUGUGUUGACGGCUCUUCAGGCUGUCGUCCCAGCUGGUCACAUUAAAAUGAGCAAGAGAGAAAACUCAAUUUUUUUACUGCGACAGAACGAGCAGUUCUAUUACUAUUUUUAGCCUUUACCUUUUGACGUUUUGACAUAAUUCGUUUUAUCCGCCGCAUUUUCGUAAAAUAUGGCCAAGCAAGAGCCUUCAGUAGAAGUUGCUCCAGCAACCUCCUUAUGAACUGCAAAAGUAUCGUACUCGUAUAAAUGCAUUACAAAUUUCCUCAGCGCGAGAAAUGUAUUUUGUAAUGCGGACUUACCUUAAGAAAAAAUUUGUAAUGCGUGAUUGCAAUACGAGUGUGAUACUUUUGCACAGGAUACUCCUCGUCGUUCUUCCCCUGCGUUUCUCUUGCCGUUCAUGACCCGCGGACUGGUUUACUGGAAAAGCACAUCAUCAACCGCAAACACCCGCUCCCCCACGACGUUCUCAUCGACAUCCAGUACGCGGGCAUUUGCCACAGCGACAUCCACCAGGCACGGGCGGAAUGGCCCAUCGACUGCAUUUUCCCGAUGGUACCCGGGCACGAGAUUGCGGGGGUGGUGGAGAAAGUUGGGAAGAGCGUCACGAAAUUCAAGGUUGGGGAAAGGGUGUCCGUCGGUUGCUUUGUCGAUUCCUGCCGGGAUUGCGUCAGCUGCCACGACGGCGUCGAGCAGUAUUGCAUGUCGCGGAAGAAGGGAAAAAGCGAAAAAUUCGGUGCCAUGUUCAAAUUGAAGAAUCUUGCGACCUACAACUGCUGCGUUGGGGAAGAGAUGGCAGCGGAAAAAGGAUUGCCGGAUACGGUAUUUCUAUUUUAUUUUACAUGCGUUUGCGUCGUGCUCGUGGUGGUGGAGGUUUAUUGUCGUUGUGUCCUUAUACUUAUUUUUGUCAUGCUACAAAAGUUCCGGUCCUCCCUCGUCACACCAGAUCCUCUACGGUGGCUACUCGAAGAAGAUCACGGUCGACGAGAAUUACAUCAUGCGGAUCCCGGACUCCCUCGACUUUGCGAAGGCCGCGCCCCUGGCCUGUGCCGGGAUCACGACCUACUCUCCUCUGAAUCACUACGGCGUGCUGAAGGCCGGAAAAGCGUUCCGCGUGGGCAUCAUCGGUGUGGGCGGACUCGGCGCCAUGGCGGUGAAGUUCUGCAAAGCGGUCGAGAACGAGACGUGGUGCAUAAGCAGCAGCGAACGGAAGAAGGAGUAUUGCCUGAACGAGCUCCAAGCGGACGGCUUCGUGGUUUCCUCUGAUAAGCACGAAAUGCAGAAACUGGAGCACACGUUUGACUUUCUGCUCUGCACCAUCUCCGCUGAUUUCGAGUGGAGCGGGUACUUGAAUUUGCUGAAGCCGCAGGCAACCAUCUGUCUGGUCGGGUUGCCCCCGAACAAGUGCCAGAUCAAGCCCUUCGACUUCGUCGCGCGCCGGAUCAAAAUCGUUGGAAGCCUCAUCGGCGGCAUCGCGGAGACGCAGGAGAUGCUGGAUUUCUGUGCGAAGCACAACAUCGCGUCCGACGUGGAAAUUAUCGCGCCGAAGGAGAUCAACCGGGCCUGGAUGGAGUUAACCAAGAACGCGAAUCGGAAGGCGCGGUUUGUGAUCGAUUGGACGUGCGAGCCGGUGGAGGGCGGGGACUGGGAGAUAUGAAAUGCAAAAGCAUCGUAUUCAUCGUAUAAAUUUAAAUGCAUUACAAAUUUUCUCAGCAUGAGAUGAAAUAAAAUUUGUAAUGCUGAUUUUCCUUGACAAAGAAAUUUGUAAUGCAAGAGCAGCAUUUAUACGAGUACGAUACUUUUGCACAGGAUAGGAAACGGAGAAAAACAAAGAGCAUUACAAUCACGUGAUACACCCAGACGCCACACUGUUCGGAGCACCACCACCGCCUCCGGGGACUACACAAGGUGGUGGUGGUAUCACCGCCGGGCCGGUUCGGGGAGGUGGGGGUAGAACCAGCAGGGGGGGCUGCUUCCGGCUGUAGUUUCGGAUCAUGUUCAAAAUUUAUUCUCCGCAAAACGAAGAUGUGCAGCAGAUGCGGAAAAUUGGCUGUUUGAAAUAUUAAGUUUUAUAUAAAUGAUAUUGCUAGGACUGACACUGAGUCAUUUCCAGGCUAAAGUGCUCGUUUUUCAGGCGGGGUUCAGUCCGUGACGUCUUGGUAUAGCUUAGGAAAAAUCCAAAUCGACACGCUAUAAUCUUCUAGAGUCAAAAUAAAACACAAACGCCCAGAGAUGAUGAUUGCAGACAACUACAUCAUGCAACUGAAUUUGCAAGAAAGUUUCUCAGCUCUGGACACUAGACAGAAAUCUGUCGUGCACUGAAUAGAUAUUUUUGAUUUUCCUCAUCCUGAAUGGAGAACAGGUAAAACAAAUUUGGGUGUUGUGCUUUUCGGAU